UGAAACGAAGUGCAUCCAAAGUAUCUAAUCAAAAUAACAACGAAGAAGAGGACGUCAACAACCCUGGUUGUGCAUGCGCAUUAAUCACAUUACAGGAUAUUUUUUUUAAAUUAAUUCUGUAUUUGUUUUUAACACAGCGAGUUUAUAAUGUACGUUUUACAUCCUCAGACUUAAACUGAGAUCUGUUCAUGAACACCAGGAUUAAAGGAACCUUAUUUAUUUUUAUUUACAGGCUUCAAAAAUAUUGGAGCUUGAAAUAUAGAUUUUCACUUUGUUUCCUCUCCUCAAAAGUCCUGGAGGAUUUUUCUUGUUUACGAAGUGUACUAGAAAACAUCCGUCAACAAUCCUGACACUGAAGUGAACGGUGUUUUAUAACAGGAUACUACAGUCUACAGUCUGGAGCCAUGCAUUGAAUUUAUUCAGUUGCCCUUUGGGUUGUGUUCAUUACAUUGUGUUAUUACUUUAAAACACUUUAAAAUCUAGAAAAUUGUAUUCCAUCGUGUAAAACAAAAGGUGGAAACCUUUAAAAAAGUUAAAUAAUGAGCACUAAGACUGUGUCAGUCACCAAGUUCCCCUACUGGGAAAGUGGUAAAAGGAGAAUUCGAUUCUUGUAUCUAGUCGGUGAUAAUUCCAUUCAGCUGACCAAACCAAGUACAGAUGAGGAGUCAGUGAUCCCUCUGUUUCUUGGAGCUGAUCUUUUUUUGAACACAGACGUCCGCACAGAGAAUCAUCCCAGAUAUCAUGCCAAGUUUGCUCGAAGAGGACUAGCAACCAAACUGGCUUUCGCUUCAGACUUCAGGUUUGAAGGCUUGCGAGUUCCUUGUUCCCAUAACAGUUUAUGGUUCUACUGUGUUCAUGGGGUUUUUCGAGCAGCAUUUGAACUCUACAGUAAACAAGAGCAGCUUUCAAUCCUGGAGUCAUUUCAGGAUCUGUGGAAAUCCCGGAUCAAUGAUAAUCAGCUAAACUCGGUGUACAACAUCAGGCUCCAGUUAGACAUGGAACCACCAAAAACUACUGCUCAAGCGACACCAAUGGAAUUUAAUAAUUCGUCUAGUGACAUUUCUGUACCUGCUGAGGACAAUUUAAACUCUCAUGACACACUGGAAGACCUGGAGGAAGUGACCUUAGGGUCAACAUCUGGUCAAGGAGAUAAUUGCUCUUCUGCAGACCAUGAUUACUGCUCCCAAAUGAAACCAGUGGAGUCUAAAGAAUUUAGUCUCACAGAGAGACUCCAUAGCAUAGGAAACAAAGUGAAGUGUACAUCAAUUGUGGACAUGAACAGAGAAGAGACCAUCUUGAAACUUCUGGAUUAUGUUGAAUAUUGGAUUGAUGGACAGGUGGAUGAGGAAAAACUGACUGAAGCAGUAAUGGUCUUGCUUCAGACUCCUUUUCAUGGCUACUCCAUCUAUACCAGUCCUUUACUACAGGCUGUGGCAAGCUGGCUGGGUCAUCAGUUCCAUGAAGCCAACAGCAGCGUGAGUCACCAGGUGGAAGGAUUUAAGAUGAGAAAUAUUGAACACAUCAAAGACCUGCCUCCAGCAGAAGAUCUAGCAACCGAGCUCUUCCCGGAGGCCAUGAGGAACUUGCUGAUACACUGGAUGGGCCUCAGUGAAGAAGCGGCAACAUGGAAAAGGCUCAGCGAAUAUCCCAUUGUUUUGCUCAUACUAGAGUUUGCCAACCAUAAUCUCAUCACAGGAGUGGCUCAUGUCUUGUAUUCCAGUCUCAUAUGCAGGUAGACAGACAUUAUUGUAUUUAGGGAUGUCAUUGAUACAUACUGAGUCUAAGGUUUUUAGAAUUCCUGCUUCACUUUACAGACAAUUGGCCCAGUUAUUUUGUUGGCUUGACUUCCACCAUGUCUGGUGAAGCUAACAGCGGAAUCUGCAGCAUACAAAGCAAUACCAUAAAAUUGUGUGCUCUUUGUGGUAGCAGUUUGGGGAAGAACUACAUAUGGGUGUCAAGGUCAGGUGUCCACAAACUUUUGACCAUACAGUAUACAAUUUAGUUAAUUAUAUUUUAAUUUUAACCACCACAAAUUUUAGCUGUUGGUCUUAAAAAUGUUACAUUUUAAAAAAAGUUUUUUUCUAGAAUUCUAAUUUGUAUUCAAUUAAAAGAAAUGUUCAUAACU